AUGCCGAUAGAUUCAGAGAGCACAAGUGAAUCUGAAAGCAAAAUUGAACAAGCAAAAGACAAUGUUGCGAAAAGAAGAAAACGAGCAUUGGAGACGAUAAGGGAAAAAAGAUCAAAGAAAAGAAAUGAUGGAGCUCAGUCAACAAACAUUGCUCCAUAUCACUUUGACUCACUAGAGGCACAAAAUGAAUUCUCUCAGACAGUGCCGACUGUAAAUCUGCAUAGCGAGCAACACUUACAGACUCAAGGAAGCUCUACACCUUCUGUAAAUGCCGCAAGCAAUACCAGACAUCCUCUUGCAUUGUCUCUUCCAAGUUCUGUUCACGAAGAGUUGAUCAGAGAUGACUUCAUCUAUGUCCCUCCACAAAAUGAAACACAACAAACUUCUAAUAAUGACCCUGCCAAAGAACAAGAGCAACAAUCCAAAGAACCUCCGGUGGCACAGCAAUCAGAAAAAGAAGCACCUGUUAAUGUCAGACCUCUGGAACAGCAACAACAGCCCUGCGAAGAACCAACAGCGCAGCAAUCCGAACAAGAAGCACCUGUUGAUGUCUGCCCUCCAGAACCCAAAAAGCAGAGUGUUACGGGGUCUCUUACAAGUUCUGUUAUUGAAGAGUUUUUCAAAGAUGACAAUGUCUAUGAAGUUUCUGAUAAAGAACAAUUCCAAGAACCUCCAGUGGCACGGCAAUCAGAACAAGAAACUCUAAUCUUGUCAUCAUUUGAUAGUGCUGCUCAACCUAGGCAAAAGGAAAAUGAAAGGCCUUCCUUUAGCCUUGGGAUAAGUCCACCAGCAUCUCAACCAACUCAGCCCUCUCAAGAGAGUGUUUCACAACUUGAAAUCCUGGCAGAGGCGGUGGUAGAUGCUGGAGUGACAGCAGCAUUAAAGUUGCUAAAGCAACAACUUCAGAGCCAACCUUACCAGCUGCUGAACGUGGAGUACACUGAUAAGAGGACAAACAAGGCCUACAAGUUUUAUAUUGAGCAGUAUGCACACCACCGCCAGUUUCUUGACAAAAGGAAACUUGCAUCGCAUCCAUUUCUAUUUGUCCCACUUUGCAAUGGAGGGCAUUGGUGA